AAGCAGGCGAUCCAGUUUUCAUUCGGAUUAACUCUGUUUUUUCUCAAAAUGUAAGGUAAAGCGUAGAAAACCUUCGAAAAGCAGAUGAAUGGGAUGACAUGAGGCACCAAAAUUAUUAAAAAUGACAGCAACAUUAACAGGAGGUCAUACUGCAUCUGUUCUUUGUGUUGAUGUCGAUAAGACAGCAUCCUUUCUUGCAAGUGGUAGUGAAAAUGGUGAACUUUGUAUUUGGAAAUCAGAUGGAUCACUUCUUAAAAAGAUAGAUAAUACUGACACUGGUUGUACUUCUGUUUGUUUCUCUAAAGAGAAAGAAAAUAUUUUAUAUGUUUCCUUUGAUGAAAAAAUUAAAGUCUAUGACAUUAAGAACUUAGAUGAGCUAGUUGACUGUUUUGAAUAUAAUCAGGAAGAGAUUAAUCAGAUUGUAUUGGAUGAGAAAGAAAAAUAUUUAGCAGCAUGUGAUGAUUCAGGGGAGAUAAAAAUAGUUGAUUUAUAUGACAAAAAAGUAUUCAAGACACUGCGAUCAAAGCAUACAAACAUUUGUUCAACUGCUUGUUUCCGACCACGUAAACCAUGGGAGAUUAUAACUGGUGGCUUAGACUCUAAAUUAAUCCAUUGGGAUUUUUCUCGCCCCAAAUGUGUUGAUCAGUUUAACAUGCAAGAAUUGCAGAGCGUCAAUGCUGAAGGUGAUGCUUAUAUGUUUAAUCCUCCCCUUGUUCAUAACCUUGCAGCAUCAUUAGAUGGCCAUUAUUUAGCAGCAGCCUUAGAAAAUGGACAUGUAGCAGUUUUUGACAUUUCAAGAAAAAAUAUAAGGGAACUGUAUAGUCUUCAUGCUCAUUCACAAGGAACAUCUCAAGUACACUUUCUGUCAAAUAAAAAGUUAAUUUCGGGUGGUAAUGAUUGUAGCAUUUGCAUAUGGGAUUUAGAAAAGGCAGACCAAGUAGAAACGGAGUUGGCUACAAAUGGAGACACAACUUCCAAUGGACAUACAAAUGGGGAGGACGUUAGAAAUGAAUCUGUGUCUGAAGCAGCAAAAAUAUCUGAGAUUCAACAUGUUGGAAAAAUUAACUGGAUGAAACCAUUUAUUUUGGAUGGUUCUCAGAAAAUUGCCAUAGCUGAUCAAUCUCCAAAUGUUACAAUUUUGAAUUUGGAACUUUGAUAGUGUUGAUUUUAGUAGACAUAUAAACAUGAUUUGAUAGUCUAUUUCCUGAAACCAUGUACCAUGCAAGUACAAACAUUUGUUGUGAGAUCAUAUUGUUUAUUUAGAAAGUGAUGCAUGAAAUUAUUAUUGCAAAUCCUUAACCAUUUGUAAAAAUGUGAAGUCUUAUUAAACCUUUAAAAAUUAUGGAGGAAAAUCACAAAUAAAGAUGCGAGUUGUAAUCGUUACAAACCAGCUGAUUCUGUAGUAUUUAUUUGCAUUAAAAAAACAUUUUAAUAUUAUUAUAAUGUUUGAAUUAAUAGUAUACAUAAAUAUCAUUUAUAUAUGUCACGUCAAGCAAUAUUACCAGUAAGACUUCUAGUUUUAUCCUUGUAUAGAGGAAUUUAAAAAAAGCCUUUUUGUUACAUGUUUUUCUGAAAACAAAAGGUACAUUUACAUUACUUUAGAAUAAAUAAAUUUGGUGUUUUUACUGUCUUCUGAUUUGUUAAAAUUAUUAGUUUUAUUUUCAAUGUUGUCAAUUUUGAUGGCGACACCCCACUCUGAUGUUGUGUAUUCAUACGCCAACAUAUGUACACAUACGUUGUUAUUGUUAAUAUAAAUAACAUAAAAAGUUC